AUGGCUCACCUUUCAACACCAGACUCCAAGGAGAUGGGCAAGGCGCCUGGGGACGACGUCGAGAACUACCACUACCAGCCCGAGAGCCAUGGCCGGCCCACGCAGUCGGAUCUGCUGCAGCGGUCGCUGUCGGCGCGCCAGGUGCAGAUGAUUGCCAUCGGAGGCACAAUUGGCACGGGUCUCUUUCUCGGCACCGGCAAGUCGCUCGCCACGGGCGGUCCGGCCUCGAUUCUGAUUGCCUAUUCCAUUGUGGGAGGGAUUGUCUUUACGACCAUGUUGGCGCUGGGUGAGAUGGCGGCCUUUAUACCCGUUGCUGGAAGUUUCUGUACUUUUGCCGGUCGCUUUGUUGAUGAUGCUUUUGGAUUUGCUCUUACAUGGAAUUACUGGUUCAACGACGCCGUCUCCACAGCCUCUGACCUUGUCGCUCUGCAACUCAUCCUCCAGUACUGGACCGACAACUUCCCAGGAUGGGCGCUGAGUCUCAUUUUCUGGGUCGUGCUCAUCGGCGUCAACAUCAUCUCGGUGCGAGCCUACGGUGAGCUCGAGUACUGGCUCAGUCUGCUCAAGGUGAUCACGAUUGUCGUGUUCAUCGUCAUGGGCAUUGUGGUCAACUGUGGUGGAAAUUCCACGGGGGAGUACAUUGGUGGUAAAUACUGGCAUUUGCCCGGUGCGCCUUUUGUGGGCGGCAUUGGUGGUUUUGCCUCUGUUUUUGUCACUGCUUCUUUUGCCUACGGUGGAACGGAGAGUAUUGCCAUCACGGCUGGUGAGACCAAGGAUCCCACCAAGAACAUCCCCAAAGUCGUCAAGAACGUCUUUUGCAUCCUCUCAAUUCUUCUAAUUGGUCUCAACGUGCCAUACAACUACCCCGAUCUCGAUUCCAAGGAAACCCGCACGUCGCCUUUCACCCUCGUCUUUGAGAUGACAGGCGCCAAAGCUGCCGGAAGUGUCAUCAACGCCGUCAUUCUCACCAGUGUUCUCUCCGCCGGAAACCACGCUCUUUUCGCCGGCGUGAGACUCAUGUACACUCUUGCUCACGAGGGUCAUGCGCCCAAGGUCUUUGGCAAGCUCAACAGGAACAGAGUACCCUGGGUUGCUGUCCUGGCGACUGGUUUUGUGGCUGGUCUCUGCUUUGGUUCGAGUUUCAUCGGAGCGGGACAAUUGUGGUCUUGGCUUCAAAACAUCGUCGGUGUAUCUAACCAACUGAGCUGGAUCUCAAUCGGCAUCACAUCAAUCCGCUUCCGCCAAGCCCUCGCCCUACAGGGCAAGACACACCUCCUACCCUUCAAGAACUGGACGUACCCCUACGGCCCGUGGAUCUGCGUCAUCCUCAACAGCUUCCUCGUUCUCGUGCAGGGAUGGAGCUGCUUCAGUCCCAAAUUCGACGGCGUCAGCUUUGUCAGCUUCUACGUCGAGCUGCCUGUCAUGCUCAUCAUGUAUGUGGCGUGGAAGCUCAUCAAGAAGACCAAGAUUGUCAAGCUGAGUGAGAUGGAUCUCGAGACUGAUGUAUAUACGGUUGAGGAGAAGGUAGCGGAAGAGACAGGGUGGAAGGUGAAGGUCAAGAAUGUUGUUACGUGGUUGUUCUGA